AUGGUCCAUUGCUCUCGAGCAAUUAUCCAGCGCGAAGCUUCUGCUGACAGCUCUCUUGAUCAGAAGAUAUGUGCCUGUUGUCAAGGCGACUUCCAAGAUUCCAUUACGCCAGUCAAAUUUGAUAGUUGCCCACAGCUGAUGCGAGAGGAUGGAACCUGCUUGCACCAGUCUAUCCUUGAUGAGGAGAUAUUGUGGACCCUUCCAAAUUCGAAUCAUGUCUAUUUCGCACCGGAUAGGCUUGACAAUACGUUCCCAAGUGAAAUGGCCACAACGGCGCUGACAGAAUCUGAUAAGAAGAAGAGCAUAGAUCUAGAGUCAGACUUCUCAACAAGCAAGUUUGUGGCUUUUCUAAGUUUCAACUGGGCUUGGAUGAUUAUCUAUUUAGUCUGUCUGAAGCACCAAGACAAUUUUAUUCCUCUAGGCAACCAAGUUCGUUCUAGCUAUGCCAUUCUGUGGGAAUCCUCGUUCUUGAUUGUGUCCCUUGGCUAUAUAUCAAUAUUUUGUCAUUUAAGAUGUCACUUGGCGUUUGGCUGUUACGCCAUUGAGGUGGUCGCUAUUGGGGAUUACGAAACGGCUUUGGAAUUGCGUAGAUAUCCAGCUUGUCUAGCAAGGCAUGAUGUAGCCGUGUUGGAGCUACCAGAGGAGAGUUAUAGAAUAUGGAAUGCGGAAAUCAGGUUCAUUCAAUCUCACCACGUAUGUACAAUCUCUCUCGUCUACUCUGCCAUCUCCUUGAAUGAGACCAAUUGGUCACGACUGAUAUUUGACCUGCUCGCAAGAGCUGCCCAUCAAAACAAAGCAACAGACCACUUCUGGAAAGCGGGGUUAGGUUGUUAG